UUCUCGCUCGGAGACGGAGGCAGAAGUGCGGAACCCUACCGUCGCCGGCGGCGGCUCAGGUUCCCUGCCCGCCUGGCCUCCCGCCAUCCAUCUCCGCCUCAGAACGGCUCCGCCGGGGUCCCCCUACCUUCCAAUCCCAGCGAGCCUACUUCUCCCGUGAUAUCUCCCUCCCGCCCAUCUCAUUUUCUGUAUUUUCGUGGCAGGUUUCGUAGGUGCUCCGGCGACCACCUCCCGAGCUCCGCGACCUACUUCCGCGCAGAUUGCCAUGCCGUGCUCCCCAUGGAUGUUAGAGAGGAGUGGUUGCAGAUGUUGCCUUGAUUCAUGAGCGUUUGUUUCAUGUGCUUGCUAGACUAAGAACUUGUAAUCCGUGUAUGAGACUGUGUAGUUUGUAUGCUUCAAACUUGUAUUAUGUGCUUGCUUUUGAUGGAUUAUGAAUUGACCUUUUUAUAAUGUUGUCAAACUAUUCGGCCAUAUUUAUGUUGGUAUGUACUGCCUAGGUACCGAAUAGGACUGAAAUCCAUCCUUUUAUACCAUCCAAACAACAUUUGGCACUCAACCUCAAUAGUUAGGGUCUCACUUAAUUUGCUCAUCUGAUUUGUAAGGGAAAUUACUCCUGCAUUGGUCACACCUAUUUUUUUAAAUUUAACUCACUGGUGUAGUGGUGUUAUGGAUGACUGUGUGAGUGUCCCAUGUUUCAUUCAUUAAAGUGCAUUUUAUUUUGCCUCCACGACUUGCUUUUUUUUUUACGGGCCUCCACGACCUGCUCAUCCUACCUUUUGGUGCAAAAAUAGCUGCAUUAGUCUUAGAUACUUACAUACUGCCGGUGCCAUAUAUGCUGCUAUGUAAAUGUGUCAGCAGAGAUUUCUUAUAGGAUAUUGAGGAAGGAACAAAUGGUGGAGGCAAAUGCAUGGUGAGCUGGAAGAGGGUGUGCAGCCCCAAAAUUGUUGGUGGUCUCGGCAUCAAAGAGUUGGUGGCCUUUAGUAGAGCUCUGAGAUUGCGUUGGCUCUGGUUCCAAUGGACUGAACCGGAGAGGCCUUGGUCUGGCACUGAAGUGCCUUGCGACCGCGUUGAUAAGCAUCUGUUCUCUGCUUGCACUACAAUUGUGCUUGGAAAUGGUGAUAAGUGCAGUUUUUGGUAUGAUAGAUGGUUGGAUGGUUCUGCACCUCAAUGUAUCGCUCCCCUUUUGUUCCAAUUGGAUAGAAGGAAAAACUUGUUGGUUAAAGUGGCGCUUGAAGGAAGCAAAUUGAUGAAAGGUUUAGAGAGAAUUUCAUCUGUUGAGGAGAUGGACCAAUUCUUCAUAUUAUGGCAGAAGAUUCAGACUGUUGAGCUCUCAGUUGGUCGCUCACUCAGGACGGCUGCUACUCGGCUAAAUCGGCUUACGAGUUUCAAUUCGAAACUAGACUCCCUCUUCCUCAUCUUAGCCAAGUCUGGAAAGUUAAAGCUGAACCAAAAAUCAAGUUCUAUUGCUGAUUGUUGUUGCAAGACAGACUUUGGACUGCUGACCGUCUACAUCGACGUGGCAUGCCUGCGCAAGAUCUAUGUCCUCUGUGUGAUCAGGUUUCCGAGUCAGCUGUUCACCUCUCCAUCCUUUGCCCUUUCGCAAAGGAAGAUUGGCAAGCCUUUUCAAGCGAUCACCCUUUGGCUGCUGCCAUUGGCACUUCGGCAACCUCCCUCCGCGGUUGGUGGAGAAGGAUCUGGAAGCUGAACAGGGACAAGACGACCAAGGUUCAGGCGACGGCUGCGGUGUAUAUCGCGUGGAGCAUAUGGAAGGAGCGUAAUAGGCGUGUUUUCAAGAAUACAUCUAUUAUCUCUAGCGUUGUUGUUCAAUUGAUAUGGGAGGAUUUAAACUCCUUU